ACCCGGCGCGAGAAAGCGCUAGACUUGAUUUUAGAGGAACCGCUUCACUUGUGAAUUCUGAAGACAAGCAAACAAGUAAUGUCGUGUUUUGUUUGUUUGUUUGCUCCUCGAGGUUUAUGACAGUGGAUGUGGAAUAACGUCCCGAAACGCAGGACACACGAGGAGGCGAAAUUACUGAAGGAACGAUGUGGAAUUUUCUCAGAUGCUACAGCGGAUGACAUCCGAAAAUGAACACAGAUCAGAAACGACCAGAAGUGGCUCGUCCAAAGACACAAAGCCGUCUAACCAUUACCAUACGCUCCACAAUCAUGCCAAAAGCCUGCCCGUCGUCCCGAGGUCCCAGACCUCCUGUUGCUCCUAAACCAAGACUGUCCCCCAAGCAAGAGGACGAGACCUACCAAAGUACUGUUAGGAAUGGAGACAGACUGGCGCUGGAGCCAGACAGUGAAUCCGCAGGACCACGAGACGACCUGUACACAGCAUUGCAGAGUUGUGUGGCAGAGUUGUCAGAGGAAUCAGGGAACAUUACAGAGGAUCCAGUAGAGAAGACCUCUCCUAGUCCUGAUGGUAUGUGUGAUAAGACCAUGGAUGAAGGGAUACAGGUGGGGGCAGGAGAGAGAGAUAAGAUAAAAAUGAAAGAAUUGAUGGCGGAAGGGAGAGAAAACAGGACUGGAGCAGAUCAGGUAGACUCCUGGAAUGUCAGCAAAGACGUCGCCAUAACUAAUGUUUCAUCUGCAGUAGACCACAUCAAAACCAUCAGUGACGAGAGCCUACCUCAGGGCUUGAGUGAUCUGGACGAUGUGGCAGACAGCACUGGUGUACGUCCUGAGAGCAAGACUACCGCUCAGGAUCAGACCGGAGGUGAAUCGCAGGUCAGUGCUGACACAACAAGCCCUUAUGAAGACAUAGAGGAAUCCACGUCAAACCAGGGCAGCACAUAUGCUGAGAUAGACCAUGAUACUGAUCUGGGAUCAGACCCUGAUGAAGAUAUGGAAGAGCCUUAUUUCAAUGAAAGAGAAUCGUUCCUGUGUGAGCAUGACACAAAGCUCGUCAACGAGGCAUGCAAAGAGGACACCGAUCCAAAUACAGAGGGCGGAGUCACGGAGGCCCCCGACGACGUGACGGGCGCUGGAGCCCUGAGCAGCAGACAGCCCUCGCUGUGUGAGGAGUACCCUUACGACGUAAUCGGACCGCUCGACGAUGCUCACGCCUGGCAGCCGGAGCGUGCCACCAAAGACCCAUCCGGACGAUUCAGGUUCCCAGAUGAGACGGAGGAUGUGUUCGAGACAUAUUCGGUCAUAGAGGCAUUGCCUGAAGACCUCACGAGCACCUCAGAUCCAGAGGCAAAAAGCACAGAUGAGGAAUGUACUAGCAAGAAAGUGCAGGGAACUGAGACAGAGAUGGAGGGCACGUCCAGCCACGCGCCGUUUUACGUCUUGUCAGAUGACGUGGCUGAACUAGAGGAGGGGCAGGACGGGGUCGCAGAUGGUGUCAUGUCAUGCUCCGAGUCCUCAGAACCCCAGACUAAGGAUGCGGUGAACUGCGAUGUGGUGGAUGAGUAUGCUGACAUCAUCGACGCUCAGGACGGGGAUGACCCGCCGCUGGAGUGCGUGUCAUCUGAGGACUAUGUAGAGAUUGGUGAUGAGGAUGAACCUGAGGAUACGGAGCAUACAACAAAACAGAAGAAUGCCAGGCACAGACACAACCCUGUGAGCCAGAGGAACAGUUGCCAACCACGCCUAAGACUCUGCAAAAUCACCGUGCCAGCCGACCUCGACCUGGGCAGGACUCCCGAGCUAACAAACCGCGUGGUGUUUGCACACACCACCGAGGCGUUUGAGGAGGACAUAGAAAACCUGGACUGCCACAUAGUGCCUUUCUUCGAGGACUCUGACUCGGACAGUGAGGAGCACAUCUAUGAAGAGGCAGGCUUUGACUCCGAAGGGGAAAACUUUAUCUCUUUAGACAGGAAGACCAUUGUGACACGCUCUCGCUCACUCUCUGGGAAAGUUCCAGGAUAUGUCCCUGAGACGGUUCCCGAGGAGACAGGGAGUGAGUCGCAGACUCAUGACUACUACACCGUGUCUUUGGACCAAAACAGAGACCCGUCAAUGCCUCCGGAUACCUCAGAAAUCAACCAAACGAUUUCUUCGCUGAAGCCGAGGCGUUUUCUUCUAUAUCCCCGAUCGUACUCUGUGGAGGGCCGAGACACACCUCUGUCUCUCCAUCUGGAUAACUCCCCCAGAGAGGAGGACAAAGUGAAGAGGGGAGAUGAGACUCUCUCGCUCCCGUGCGUAAUUACCUCUUCUGGAAGCUUCUCUCAGAGGAGCCACCAGUCGUCCAGCGGCGUGUCCACCCCCACGUCUCUGGUGGACAUCCCGCCCCCCUUUGAGCUGGCCUACAUCACCAAGAGACCCAUCACUAAAAGUUCCCCAUCCCUCCUGAUUCAACAUGAGUCCAGUGACAAGCCCAAGAAGAAUAAGACGUCCUUUAAGCGUUUCCUGGCGCUGAAGUUCAGAAGGAAGAACGAAACCAAAGCGUACGGAGACGGCAGCGUGCGGUCCUCCAGGUCUUCGUCGGAAUCCAGCCACCACGGUCCACUUCGAGUGAUCGAGCUGGAGAGGAAGAGCAUUGACAGCUCCUCUCAGCUUCAGUCCUGUGCUGUCCCACCUCAGCGCAGCGUGGACUGUCCUGCUGCCUUUGUGGUCUACAAAGACAGGCAGAACAGGAAGGGUGCCCUCAAGACGUACGGUAGCAGCGGCGUGUCCAGAGUGGAGUCUCUAGAGGACCACUCUCGAGCUCGGUUCAUGCCUCUCCCGUUAACCAAACCUCGGUCCAUCUCCUUCCCGAGUGCAGACACAUCCGACUACGAGAACAUUCCGGCCAUGAGCUCAGACUAUGAGAAUAUUCCGAUUCCACCCAGGAGACCUACGCGAGCAGUCACUAUCACCGGGUUCUUCGACGACCAGAACCGCACCAGUGCACCAGCAAAUGAGAACGAUGGUUAUGUGGACAUGAACAGCUUGGCAGCUAUAGAGAACAAGACCAGCACCCAGGAGCAGGAGACUGAGAGUGCGUACACAGAGCCUUUCCCUGUGUGUGCUGCCCCUACAUCUCUUUCUGCUGAGGAUGACCAUGGACGCACAUCUGAGGAAGAGGAAGGCUGCAGUGAUCAUGGCUAUGAUAGACAGGUUGAUGGCAGAUCCAGAGCAUACUACAUAGCUAAGGAGCUGCUGGAUUCUGAGCGAGAGCACCUGAAGACACUGACAUUACUUCAUGAGGACUGGCGUGCGGCAGUAGAGACAGCAGUGGGGGAGGACGGCGAGCCCGCGCUGCCCGAGGGCAGAUUGGCACAGAUCCUCAGCACCCUCCCUCAGGUCUACGAGUUCCACACACACACCCUCACAGAGCUGGACGCUCGCUUCCAACAGUGGGAGGAGAACCCCAGGGUGGUGGAGGUGUUCCUGGACCGCCGGGCGGAGUUCAGCCUCUUCGUGACCUACAUCAGCUCCUACGACCGCAGCAUGGCUCUGCUGGAGGAGAGCUGUGAUCAGAGCAAGGCCUUCGCCCACGUGGUCCAGCGCUUCCAGCAGCAGACUGCAGAGGGAGUGUUGGUUCCUGUGAAACACCAGCUGUUGCAGGUCAUCGUGCGUGUGCUACAAUAUCGCAUGCUCCUCACAGAUUAUUUAAACAACCUCUCCCCUGACUCUAGAGAAUAUGAAGACACACAAGCUGCACUGGUAAUUGUGUCCGAGAUCGCAGACCAGGCCAAUGACAAUCUAAAAGAAGGAGAGAACUUGCUGCGUCUGGUGCACAUUGAGUACAGUGUGAAGGGGAAGAAGAGAUUACUCCAGCCAGGAAGAGUUUUCGUGAAGGAGGGCACUCUUAUGAAGGUCUCCUGUAAGAGCAGACAGCCUAGACACCUGUUCUUGAUGAACGACAUCAUGCUGUACACUUACCCUCAGCAGGAUGGGAAGUACAGGAUGAAGAACACUCUUCCUCUCAGUGGCAUGAAGGUCAGUAAACCUGUCAUAGACAACGUGCCCAACACACUCAGGAUAGAGGUCACUGACGUUACCAUCACCCUCUCAGCCAGUUCUGUGGCAGAAAGGGAAGACUGGUUUCAUACUCUGAGCAGAGCAAUAGCUGACCACGCUGCAGGCCUCAACACAUUCAGCUCCUCCAGUGAGACGAGAGAGAAGCUGUGGAUGUGUCUGGGUGAGGUGACGCCUGUGUUCCUGCCUGUAUCCCACGCUGUGAUGUGCAUGAACUGUGCAUCUGACUUCAGCCUGACCCUGCGCAGACACCACUGCAACGCAUGCGGCAAAGUGGUGUGUCGAGCCUGCUCCAGAAACAGGUACCCACUGAAGUAUUUGAAAGACAGAAUGACCAGAGUGUGUGACCGUUGCUAUGCUGAACUGAAGAAACGAGGUGGGAAUGUCUCCGUAGUGUGUGGCAGUGCGGGUCCUCACACACACCGGGUCAGCAGGCCUCUGUCUGCUGUGUUCCAGAGCCUACAGCCUCCCAGUCUGUGGAGGACCAGGAAGAACACUUCACCCCUAACUCAGGUGUGUGUGGGUGCUGAGGGUUCCACUAUGAGUGGGAGUCUACAGAGGCGGAAGAAGAGCAAGAAGAACUGGAAGCGUCUGUGGUUCCUCAUUAAAGACCAGGUGCUCUACACCUAUACAAGUAGAGAGGAUAAGGUGGCGAGGGAAAGUCUGCCCCUGCAGGGUUUGACGGUGAAGCUGCCAGAUGUGUCUGAUGCAGAGGAAACAGACAGUGUCUUCCAGCUCUACCACAAAAAAACACUCUACUACACAUUCAGAGCAGAAGACCAGCUCACUGCACGCAGGUGGGUGAACGCGAUGGAGGAAGCUACUGUCUUAUAGUAUCCACUCAGGCAUAGGAUAGGGUGACUUUAGUGCAUAACCUAUGACCUAUGAGAGGGAACUCAUACUAUAGCACCAUGGGAUCUAGUGCAGUGUGACUGUGGUGUUUUUAACCCAUCAGUCCUGUGUCUGUCUGAUCACUGGACAGUCCUGCCCGUCAGCCCUGUGUCUGUCUGAUCACUGGAGAGUCCUGCCCAUCAGUCCUAUGUCUGAUCACUGGAGAGUCCUGUGUCUGAUCACUGGAGAGUCCUGCCCGUCAGUCCUGUGUCUGAUCACUGGAGAGUCCUGUGUCUGAUCACUGGAGAGUCCUGCCCGUCAGUCCUGUGUCUGAUCACUGGAAAGUCCUGUGUCUGAUCACUGGAGAGUCCUGCCCAUCAGUCCUGUGUCUGAUCACUGGAGAGUCCUGCCCAUCAGUCCUGUGUCUGAUCACUGGAGAGUCCUGUGUCUGAUCAAUGGAGAGUCCUGCCCAUCAGUCCUAUGUCUGAUCACUGGAGAGUCCUGCCCAUAUGUCCUGUUCUCUUGUUAUCACAUCACAGUCCUAAUGGACCCACAGGCCUGGUUCUGUCCUCUGGUUGUCCUCUGUGCAGACAUUAAGGGAAAGUGCAGAGUGUAAAUAUUACAGUUAGGAAUCGCGAUGCUGAAGCAUCCAAACUGUGGCCACAGCACCCCCUAAUGGAAAAGUUGCAGUAUGGAAGGAGAGAAAGUCUGGCGUGAAGGACAGUGUAGGGCAGUAGAACACGCAGCCAGGGCAAUAGAGCACGCAGCCAAGGCAAUAGAACACGCAGUCAGGGCCGUGUUACCCACACUGAGGAGGCCUUGGUAGACACUGUCUGCACACACUGGUAGCACGUUUGCUCUGGGUGUGUUUACAAGGAGUUGCAGUCUCAUUUAUGCGUCUAACAGUUCCCGUGGACUUAAGAGCUUUUGGGAAAAGGGAUUGGGAAUUUAAGAUGUUGUGUUUUUAAAGGGUUUUUAGCAGAACACUAAAAUAAGUCAAAACUAAAGUGUCAAGAACUUUUGAGAUGUUUUUGGUUCAAACCAUACACAGGCCACUUAUAUAAACAUCCAGUAUGAUAUGUGAUAACAAUGAUAUGUAAACAUACUAUGUAAAAUAUAUUUAGUUCCCUCACGUGUGAAUUUAAAACUGUAUAUUGCAAGCGUUAGCUGUACAUUUCAUCAUAAGAUAUUAAAAUAAUUUUGAGGUGUAUUGUAAUUUAAUUUGCAGUAACAUUGCAGUAACAUGUAAAGUGCUGCAUUAAGGCUACACAAACACACACACGCAGCACUAGCAGUUGUACUUACCCAUGGAUCAGUACAGUAGGAUGUCUAAACUGUACCCAGGGCUUUGCAGUCAGGUCAGGUCAGGUUUGUGUUGGUCGUUUGAGAAGGUUUCCCACUGGAAGCUUCCCAUGUGUGGAAUCCAGGUUCUUAAUACAGGAUAAUGUACAGACGGCUAGACAAAGACUGGCCAUGUCCCAGCCACGACUCCACGCAUGGUGUAAUUUAGGACAGAAAUGGGAUUAAACUAGGGACUAGGAUUAAACCAGGAAACUUCUGAAUGUAACUAUAUUGAAUGCAGUAUUGUUGAAUGUGAAUUUUUGCAUUGUUACCAAAUACAGUAAUUUGCUGUCA